AUGGCCGAAGAAACUCCUGAUUUCAGUCAAUUCGAAGAUAGAAACAACGAUCAAUACAAAGUUUCAGCUAAGAAAACUGUAGAUGAAUACAAGAACUUGGAUGCUGAAGACGAGUCCUUGGCAAAAUGGAAAGAGUCUUUGGGUUUAAGUUCUGACGUCUUACCGCUGGAAUUUCCUGGUGACAAAAGAAAAGUUGUUGUUCAAAAAAUUCAACUAUUGGUGAAUACAGAACCAAAUCCCAUUACAUUUGAUCUUACGAACGAAAAGACAAUCAAGGAACUGGCAUCUAAGAGGUACAAAAUUAAAGAGAACUCCAUUUACAAGUUGAAAAUUGUUUUCAAAGUUCAACAUGAAAUUAUCACUGGGUUACGAUAUGUUCAAUAUAUCAAGAAGGCGGGUAUUGCCGUUGACAAGAUAGAUGAUCAUUUGGGAUCAUAUGCCCCUAACACUAGGACCAAACCAUUUUAUGAGGUUGAGCUACCGGAAAGUGAAGCUCCUAGUGGCUUCUUGGCAAGAGGUAACUACAGUGCCGUAUCGAAAUUUAUUGAUGACGAUAAAACUAACCACUUGACUUUGAAUUGGGGGGUCGAGAUUGUCAAAAAAUAA